GUUGAAUACGUUUAUUAUAGGAACACACACAGAUAAUCAAUAUUACAGGUACGCUAAACAAGCAUAAAAGAGUAGUGCCGAAAAUCCAACAGGUAAGCGAGUGUGCGAGCUAGUAGAAUGAGAGAGUCGGCGAGUCAAUGAACAGGAUUAAAAUGUACAUAUAUAUACAGGGAAAUUAAUGAAUAAUCGAAUCAAUUAAGUGACUAAUAGUAAAACUAGGAGAAUGAAUAGAUGCGUAGGCAGUAAGCAAUGAUCAAGCAUACAUAUUCAUACAAGUGCAACAAUAAUAAAGGUACAAUGGUAUAGAUAAGUUGUUAAUGUACAAAUGUCGGUUAAAUAAAUAAACGGAAGGGUUUAAACUCAAAUGUACGUGAGCUGCUAUACGAUUUUUGGUUAGCGCUGAAAUCUAGAACGUCUGUGUUGGGUCGGCUUCCGGAGAACUUCAACGGAGCCUCCAGAGGCCCACAAGGAGCCGAAGAGUCCUGGCCAAUCAGAGUGUGAUGGAACGUUCUAGAAUUCCAACGUGGCGUGCUACUAUUGGUCGGUAGCAUAAUGUGUUGUUAUCGGAUUGGCUGUAAAAUGAUGUUGAUUUAACAGACGCCAAAAUCUAUAAAUAUCCAUGAUUUUCUGUACAAAAAUGAACCUUGGAAUAAAGUGCUUUCUCUCAUUCUUGUGUCUUCUCUCUGGAGUUCAAGUCGCUGUGUAGUUCUAGACUGCGGGUUAUCGGAAUAGCUUAGGAAUCGUAUAUAGCGUUCAACCUACACGACUUAUCAGUGGCGACGGGGAUGAAAACUUCAAUGAAUAUUUCCUUGGAGCAAUUAGAAGCUUAUAUGGUGCGUCAAGAAAAAAAGGUUUGAAGAGUCCCAUAUUAGAAUCAUGGAAACCCUGAUGCAGAAAUUCUGCCUGUCCGAGAAAAACCCUGCUUCUAGUGAAUCUCAAGUAUCACAUACUGAUUCAGUCAUUAACGCCAUCCAUGAAUUUAAUUUUGAUGGUGUAGCAGGUGUAACUUUCGAGUCGUGGUUUAGGAAGUAUGAAGACUUGUUUUAUAUUGAUCUUUGCAAACUGGAUGAUGCUUCAAAAGUCAGAAUACUUCUUAGAAAACUUGGGACUAUGGAACAUGAACGCUAUAGCAACUUCAUUCUUCCGAAGAACCCACGAGAUUUUAGUUUUGAUGAUACAGUCAAAACCCUAUCCCAAAUCUUCGGAGAACAAUCAUCUCUAUUUAAUAUCCGUUGCCAGUGCUUAAAGUUAACGAAAGAACCAGGAGAUGACUGGGUGAAGCAUGCAGGAACUGUGAACCGAGAAUGUGAGAGAUUUAGAUUGUCGUCCAUGUCUGAAGAUCAGUUUAAAUGCUUAGUAUUUAUCUGCAGCCUGCGUUCACCCGAAGAUGCCGAUAUCCGAACCAGAAUCCUAAGCAAACUCGAACACUGCCCUAACAUGACCCUGCAAGAAGUGACUACUGAGUGCCAAAGGUUAGUAAACUUAAAGCAUGAUACCUCAAUGGUAGAAAACGGUAACUGUUUCCAUAACGUCAAUGCAGUCAAGAGAAAAGUCUUUCAAGGUUCCAGUACCCAUAAUUUUCAAAAUAACAGCGACAAACCAUCUCCAUGCUGGGCAUGUGGAGGUUGGCACUAUAAGAGGUUUUGCCCAUAUAAAGAACAUCGUUGCAGCAAAUGUCAUCGGAAGGGGCAUAAAGAAAACCUCUGCAGGAGAAGAGACUAUAGAUAACAUUCCUUGAAAUCUUACUCAAAGAAAUACAGAUAUAGUGCUCCAACCAAUAAGAUAUUGGUAUCACAUAACACGGCACGAAGUUGCCGCCGAAGAAAGUACGUAACCUUGGAUAUUAAUAAACACGGUACCCGCCUUCAGCUGGACACAGCUUCUGAUAUUACUUUAAUCAGCCCAGAAACGUGGAAGAACAUUGGGAGACCCACAGUUUUCCCAACAACACAGCUGGCACACAGUGCAUCCGGGGGGAAGUUGAAUAUUGUUGGAGAAGUGCCAUGCACUGUUUCUAAAGGUACGGUAACAAAAAAUGCAACAUUGUAUCUUACUGAGAAGCCAGCACUAGACUUAAUGGGGUUGGACCUUAUAGAAACACUUAAACUAGCAGAUCAUUCUAUCAACAGUGUCUGCAGACGAGUAAGUACAGACAACACCCCAGAAUGGAAUCAGAAAAACGCCAUGCUACAAAGACAUCAAAACGUGUUUAGAGAAGGAUUGGGAGAAUGUACGAAAUCCAAAGCACUGUUAACUCUAAAGCCUGCAGCUACUCCCGUUUUUCGACCAAGGAGACCCGUACCAUAUGCUGCUCUACCAGUGGUUGAACAAGAACUAGAACGACUUCAGAAACUAGGUGUCAUUGAACCAGUGAAUUUCUCAGAAUGGGCUGCACCGAUAGUAGUAGUAAAGAAGACUAAUGGUAGCGUUCGUUUAUGUGCCGAUUACUCAAUCGGGUUGAAUGAAGCCUUAGAAACUCAUCAGUACCCAUUACCCUUACCUGAAGAUCUUUUUGCUAAACUGAACGGAGGUAAGCUUUUUGCAAAGUUGGAUUUAUCAGAAGCUUAUUUACAAAUCCCUGUUGCUGACGAGUCUAAAAAACCUGCUUACCAUAAACACAUACAAGGGUCUAUUCCGGUAUAAUCGAUUACCCUUUGGAGUCAAGACGGCCCCAUCCAUAUUUCAGCAAAUAAUGGAUACUAUGCUACAAGAUGUUUCAGGUGCUGCAGCUUACCUAGAUGAUAUAAUAAUUAUGGGAGUAGAUCGAGUAGACUUAGAAAAGAAGCUUGACCAGGUGCUGACAUGAAUAGCCGAAUAUGGACUUCGACUUCGUCCAGAGAAAUGUGACUUCUGUAUGCAAAAAGUACGUUACCUUGGGUUUAUAAUCGACAAAGAUGGAAGAAGACCAGAUCCGGAGAAUACCCAGGCAGUGAAAACUAUGCCCAGACCGACGGAUGUCACCACACUACGAUCCUUCUUGGGACUAGUUAGCCAUUAUGGAGCUUUUAUCCCAAACCUUCAUCAAUUACGUGCCCCCCUGAAUAACCUUCUGGUGAAGAAUGUAAAAUGGAGUUGGUCUGCAACUUGCCAAGCUGCUUUCGAUGAAAUCAAGAAAGUACUAGUCUCGGAUCUGCUGCUCACCCAUUACGAUCCAUCCUUACCCAUUGUAGUGGCAUCAGACGCAUCAAACUACGGCAUGGGAGCAGUUAUUUCUCACAUCAUGCCAGAUGGAUCCGAGAAAGCGAUAUCACAUGCGGCUAGAUCGUUAACGUCAGCAGAACGUAACUAUAGCCAGAUCGAGAAGGAAGCAUUGUCGAUUAUCUUCGCUGUCAAGAAGUUUCACAAGAUGAUAUUUGGACGUCAGUUCACCCUAUUAACUGACCAUAAACCAUUACUAGCCAUCUUUGGGUCGAAGAAAGGUAUACCGGUAUACACAGCAAACAGACUGCAACGUUGGGGGACCACACUUCUGGGUUACGACUUCAAGAUCAAGUAUCAGUCUACUACCGCUUUCGGGCAAGCUGAUGCAUUGUCGAGAUUAAUAGGCUCCCAAUCGAAAACCCCGGAGGAGACUCUUGUAGCAAAUAUAAAAGCCGAGGAAGAAGUUCAUCGCGUGUUGGAUGACGCAGUUAAUGGACUCCCAGUAACCUUUGGAACUAUCAAGAAGAUAACUGAAAGUGAUAAGAUACUGAGCUCAGUUAAAUGCUAUCUCUUGACCAAAUGGCCAAACAAUCGCCUCGACGGAGAACUUUUGCAAUAUUUUCGUCGACGGGACUCUCUAAUGGUUGUUGACUCCUGUAUUAUGUUCGGUGAUUGCAUUGUUAUUCCGAAGUUAUUACGUCACAAGGUCCUCAAGCAGUUUCACAGUGGCCAUCCUGGAAUCAGUAAAAUGAAAUCUUUGGCUCGUAGCUAUGCUUAUUGGCCGUCAAUGGACAAAGAUAUCGAGAAUAAAUGCCGUAACUGUUCAUCAUGUAUUCAAGCCGCUAAAAAUCCUUCGAAAUGCGAACCUCAGUGUUGGCCUAUGCCCGCGGGACCCUGGGUAAGACUUCACGCAGAUUUUGCCGGUCCAAUCCAAGGGAAAAUGUUUCUAAUUAUCGUAGAUGCAUUCACUAAAUGGCCGGAAGUAUACAUCAUGCCAAAUUGUACAACGUCAGAAACGAUCCUCAAGUUGUCUACCUUAUUUAGCAGUUUCGGAGUACCAGAGACCUUAGUGACGGAUAACGGCUCUCAGUUUGCCGCAGAAUCGUUUAAACAUUUCUGUAGAACAAACGGAAUAAAUCAUCUUCGUUCUCCACUCUAUCAUCCACAAUCAAACGGACAAGCAGAGCGCUUUGUGGACACUUUUAAACGAGCAUUACUGAAAGGGGGAGGAGAAGGGACGACUGAGCAGGUGAUCACAAAAUUUUUAACAUCAUACAGAUCCGCCCCAAACCCAAAUGUUCAAGACGGCAAAUCUCCCGCGGAAGCCAUGUUUGGAAGGCGUAUUCGAACAGUCUUCGAUGCCAUGUUGCCAUCCAAACUAGUGGAUGAGCGUAGUCGCGAUCCAAGUAUCCGGAACUUCAGUAUUGGCGACAAAGUCUACAUUAAAUCCUACAUCGGGAAGAACCGAUGGGAGCCGGGCGAAGUGGUGCAAAAACUGGGAAGAGUACUGUACAAAGUUCGAGGAGCUUUUGGGACAUGUAUACGUCACACAAAUCAAAUCCUUAAGGACAAAAGAACGGUGCAGACGCGAAGUAACCGGCCGACUUUCUCUUUAGAUUUAAUCUUAGACGCACCAAUGCCACAAACGCCCAGGAACACUGAAAAGUCUUGGACAAGAAAGACGACAAGAAUAAUGUGACGCCGUCGCAAUCCAGUUAUCAAACUACAAGUGGACCCCAGAAAGAAAUCUUAUUCGGGGGAGGUGUUGGGUCGGCUUCCGGAGAACUUCAACGGAGCCUCCAGAGGCCCACAAGGAGCCGAAGAGUCCUGGCCAAUCAGAGUGUGAUGGAACGUUCUAGAAUUCCAACGUGGCGUGCUACUAUUGGUCGGUAGCAUAAUGUGUUGUUAUCGGAUUGGCUGUAAAAUGAUGUUGAUUUAACAGACGCCAAAAUCUAUAAAUAUCCAUGAUUUUCUGUACAAAAAUGAACCUUGGAAUAAAGUGCUUUCUCUCAUUCUUGUGUCUUCUCUCUGGAGUUCAAGUCGCUGUGUAGUUCUAGACUGCGGGUUAUCGGAAUAGCUUAGGAAUCGUAUAUAGCGUUCAACCUACACGACUUAUCAAUCUGUUUCAUAUUAACUGCAGUUCGUCAUCUAUAUUUAUUAGAAUCUCAGUGUUAAUGCUCACUUUGGUAAUCGACCACAAUACAUUUCUCUUCAAGCAGCCAGAAUGUUAUUCACUGAGCUAUUGAGUUUUAAUAACCACUAGCUAGAGCAAUAAAGAUGUACAGGUUUAAAAAAAGAGAUGAAUCGAAAUUCAAUCCAUAAUAUCAACCACUGGAAGAUUUAAAAACUUAUAAAUAAAAGAAGAAAUGACAUUGUGUUAUAAGUUGUGGCCUGUGUGUCCUAAUAAUGCAUGAUGAAAUGAUACCUCCAAUUAGAGAGCAGUAAUUUCUCGAUCGGACCAAUGACGCAUAAAAACCUUACGAGUAGUUUAGAGUCUUUAUCGGUCCUUCUUCCCGCCUAGCCCUGCCUACUCGAGUCCAGAACACCAAUCUCAGCCUCUGCAAUAUGAAUCAUGUAUUUCAAACAUACUGGAUGUAUAUACCAACCAGAGAGACUACAUCGUACCAAUAAAAUAAGAAACAACAUUUAUACAAGAUUUGGCCAAAUGUGGCUGUGAAUAUGGGAGGCAGUAAUUAAUAGACAGGGCAUAAUUCAAGAAUGGUAAAUCGUAUAAUAAUAGUUCAAAAGUCAAAAUAAGGCUCAUAAUAAGAGGGACAUGAAUGUGUAUAGCUUAGUUAUUUAACAACUAUACAAUAAAAAUAUACGUAUAGUAUUGGUCCAUAAAUGGAUCCCAAAAGUUACCACUCAUUAUGCUUAUCAAAGAAUAACACAUUGUUUUUAUUAGUUUUGUACAAACUGAUUGACUGGUAUUGAUACUCUGGAAUCCUAUAUCUUUUCGGUAUCGAAAUUCAUUAAUCCCAUUUUGACCGUUUAUCUAUAAAAUAGGACAAUAUUAAAUGCAAUACAUUAAUUUGAUUAAUCUAAGCCAGUUCAUUAUUUUCCUACUUAUAUACACUAAUGUAAUCCACUACUAUAGAGGCUUUCCAGUAGUAUUGUUUUGAAUGAGAAUACAGGUGGGUCCGAUCAGUUUUAUUGUAAUAAGAAAUUAUACGAUGUCUCCACAAAAUAUGAGAACCAUACAUUUAAUACUUUAUUUUUUGCAAAUUUCCA